CACAGAGAGACAGAAUCGAGUCGCGAGGACGCUGUUUUCACCACCACUGUGUGUAUGUGUGUUUUUAAUGUCUUAUGGUGAGGAAAGAGACUCAAUGCGAGACACGAGGUGAAAGAAGAGGGUGUGCGCAUGCGCGAGGUUGAGGGCGGGAGUCACCUGUAUGUGCGCGCGCACCGUCAGUCAGUCAGUCAGUCGCAGAGAGCCGCAAGAGAAAAGUCUAGAGAGGACACAACGGGAAUAUUUUUGUGAAUUAACAUUCAACAGCUCCGUAUGAGGAACUCACGGACUGAUGUCUCGCGUGUACGGCGUCCGCUCGAGAGUUUUAACGCGGUGAUCACCUGUGGAUCUGCAGUUAUUUAUUAUCGAUGACGAUGGACGAGCUGCCGGACCUCAGAGACCUCGAGCAUAAACUGGGCCGUAAAGUUCCGGAGAGUCUGAUGAGAUCAUUUACAGGCGGAUCUGAGAUCAGAUCUACAGAAACGCACGCUCGCGAUCUCCACACGCUCAACGGUAAAAUCAUCUUCCUCAGACAACAGAUGGCUCACCUACGCGCCAUUGACGUCAAACUGAUGCAACAGCUGCUGUCCAUCAACGAGGGAAUCGAGUCCAUUCGCUGGGUCAUGGAGGAGAGAGGGGGUGCAGCCAGCCGGGAGAGCAGCUCAACGGGCAGCUUGUACAGCCUAUCAGACAGCCAGGACUCCUCCCUGCACGGAAGCUGCAGCGACGAAUUGGACGGUAUUUCAGUGGGCAGUUAUCUGGACACGCUGGGCGAAGAUGACCCGGAUCGUUCCUCGCCCUCAAACCUGCUGGACGGUUCCAACUGCAAAGCCGCUAUCGAAGAGGAGAUGUUUACGAAACCUCCUCUACAACCUCGCGUCGACACGGAUGAGUACUACUGCUUUGCGUAACACGGAGCGUCGUCACCGAAAGACCGAAGGAAGUUCUCAAUGGUUCAUAGAGUUGUGAUGUAGCUCAUAAAAACCUUCUCGUGUUUGGGUUUGGAUUAUUGGACCUUUGAGAAGAUGGAACGAGAUUUUGAAAGAGAAUCUCACAAUUAGUCGUAUUUUAACCGUGAGGAGGAUUUCUGCCUCCCGCGACUAAUUGCGUAUAAUCAUGAUCACGUUACUGUGUUAUCGACAGGAACAAAACAUCAUUAAAAGAAAUGAAGUAAAAAUCGUUCUAAACUUACAGGAUUGUUGCGAUUAUUAAACGCGCUUAAAAUUGUGAGCGAAAUAACCGUGAUUAUUAUUCAACCAUCAUUGUGCUGCCUUAUUUCCGACUUAGCUCGUCUUAGUUUGGUUAUAAGGAAGGAAGUAUAAGUUUACAUGUUUUAUAUUUCCGAUGUUCAUGGAUCAUGAGUACUAAUGUUCAAACGCUACGGUUAAUUCUUCUCUUUCGUUUGUUUAAUUUGAUCGUGUGAACCUGCGCUGCACGUGUGCAGUAGAUAGUUUGGCACGUGUGAGUUCUAACAUAGAACUGAUAUACAGUUUAUAUUCUUGAACUUUUUUCGUGUGUUUAAGUGCAAUUUAUGGUCCUGCUAAAGGCUCGUCGAUAUUGAGAUUUAAAAGAUAAUUUCGUCAUAAAUUGAACCUUUGAUGUUUUCAGCCGUUCCGUUUGUAACUUUGUAAAUGUAAAUAUAUCUUCUCGCUAAAGCCGCAGCAGGUUUAACUGCUGUUAGUACUUUGUGUUGUUGUUGAAAUCGAAUUUUGUUCUGGACUGUAGUGAUGCUGCUAUUUUUACUCAUUUGUUUUUGUUUUUUGUGUGUUAAGGUGCAAUCCGUAAUAUUUUGUCUCCCUCUCUUUUUGAAUUGUAAAAUUGCAUAAAAACAAUAUGUGUAAUACUGCUUUCAAUUCAUGUUGUAAAAAAUUGAAAAACGAUUUUGCGUUUUUCUGAGCAAAAAAUAAAUAUGAUACAUUUUUCCCCGGUUUACAUACAAUGCACACUAAAAUCUAAAAUAGUGUAACAAUGUUGUCAGGCAUAUUUACAACAAAAAUCAAUUUAUGACAUAUUGAAAGACUUAUGACUUUCACCCCGAAUGCUAAACAUUUGUUGUUUUUUAAUUUGUCACUAUCCAACGUUUUGUCUAAGAAUGUAGAUUACAUACAUACAAUGUAAUAUUCUCCCUUAUUGUUUUAUAUAUUUUAAUAUGUGCAAGUCAGAAUAAGCAUGUUGUUUGAAUUUGUACAGAAAUAUUGGUGUACACCGUUAUUUCAAGCAAAUUCUGACAUUUUAUUCUACAAAAAGUAAGUCAAAACGAUUAAGUAGAAAUUUAACGUUUUUAUGGACAUAAAAUCAGUUUUGUAUAUUUCUUUGAUGGCGACAUCUUACGUCUUUGACAUACUUAUGUGUACAAAUGACAUCAAACUAUCAUUAAAGCUCAAAGUAUUAAUCGUGAUUAUAAGUGGAAGCUGACUUGUGCAUCAGGAUGACUAGAUUUAAGUUUGUCGUUGUACUUGUUUAAUGACUGAGUUUUGAAUAAAACCUCAAAGUUACGGAUUGCAGCUUUGAUUGAUUGCUCCUAAUUUAUUUAAUUAGGUCUUAAUAUGUGUUGUUUCUUUCUUUUAAGUGUGUCAACAUCUUUUAAAUUAACCAAAUGAACUAAAGGGAAUUUGAAUAAAAAGAUGAAAGAUUUGCGUGCACUGUC